AGUCUCGGCCUUCUUUUCGCGUUACGUCUUGCGCCGCCUAGAAGUUCUUUGAGGCUUGAAGGACGCUGCACACACGGAAACACCCAUGGCAUCGCGCAAAGUCAUUAACGCCGUCUGCACGAUGGCGACGCGGGAGUGCGCCGAAGAGCUCGCCCUCUUCCAUCGCUCCUUUCGCACUUUUCACCCCGCUCUUCCGCUGUUCGUCGGCUGCACAACGGAGAUGCGUGACGAGGCACCUCAGGUGAUGCACGACGACGCGCACGUGCGUUGGGUGUCGUGUCUCGAUGGCUACGGCCCAUCCAUUUCGCGCAGGGCAAUGGAGCGCGCGCCUGGGGUUUGGUACGCGACGCGCCACACAGACUUCAUGAUGGAGAAAGCGAAUCUGAUGGAGCUGGCGAUGCGCAGUACGGACACGGCCACCGCGUCCGCGUCCGCAGCCCCGACGGUCGCGUUUUUGGACUGUGACGUGACGCUUCUGCAGGCGCUGCCGACGGUGCCGAUGACGGCCUCCGUCGCCCUCUCGCCCCACCAAAUGCGAUCGGCCGACGAGUCGCUCUUCGGCCGAUUCAACGGCGGCUACGUCGUCGCGAGCAGCCCAGAGGUGUUGUGGGAGUGGCGUCGCGCAACGGCCACCUCGCGCUACUUUGACCAAGCCUCGCUCGAGCACGUCGCGGACGUCUUUCGCGAGCGCAACGAGCUGCACUGCCUGCCGGCGCAGCACAACUACGGCUUUUGGCGGAUGCUGCAACCACAACGUGGCAGCGCGUUCGACCAGGCUAAACGGUUUUCCAUCGCGCCGCGGGCCUGCCCGACGGCGCCGACGACGGACGCGCUGACGAUUCACUACGACGAGCACCCGCUGUGCUCCCUGCACACACAUUUCUUCCUGCAUGGCGCCAACGUCCCGCGCGACGUCCGCCUCUUCAAUGACUUGCUGCGGCGCUGGAUCAAAACGUGCGCUGCGGCUGAAGCGGGCAGCUUACAAAACCACGCGUACGCAGCCGCGCUCUCGCACCUCUUGAAACCGGGAAAGGAACCAAUGAAUGGAGAUAAUCACAGCUAG